UGAUUUGAAUGAAUAUAAAAUGGAUGAUGCGACAAAAGUUUUAUUGACAGAAGAUUGUAAAUAUUUGAUGUCGUUUGAUAUACUUGGAUAUCCUCAAAGUGCGAGCUAUAAUAAAAAAGACAUUUAUAAUUCAUUCAUGAUUCUCCUAAUUAUCAAAGCCCGAAAAUAAAUGAGAAAUUAAUUGUUGGCAACUGUUACUCAUUAAUAUUGAAUAGAAAACAAGCCAAAUGCGAUACAAGUAUUAUUGUAUUAUUAAUAAUAUCCAACGAUUAUUGUUAGAAAUAACCUCAAAUUUAUUACUUCAUUUAUAAAAACGUUUUUUUUUAUGAUUUAUAACACAUAAUGUGACUUUAUUUGUAUUGAAUAAUAAAUCUUACUGUGAUUCUAUUACUCAUAAUCCUAUGGACAAGCAUGUACAGAUCUACAUUUCUAAUGUGUGGAAUACUCUGUUGUAUUUAUCAAACAAUAGAUAAAAACAAAAUUUUUGAAAUAAACAAGUGGACUACAUUGAAAGAACAAACAGCUAAACGUGGACCAGACAUUUUAUCGACAUGUCAAAUAACCACUGAUCAUUGGAGUGGCGAAUUCGUUGCUAGCGUUCUAUGGAUGCAAGGUUCAUGUCCAACUCUUCAACCAUGCGUAGACGAAGAAGGAAAUAUUCUCUUAUGGAAUGGAGAUAUUUUCACUGGAAUCCUAGCAAGUAAUGACGAUUGUGAUACUCUAACACUAUCAACAAAAUUAAAAUCACAAAACAAUGUUUAUCAAACUCUAUCUCAUAUCGAAGGACCAUAUAGUUUUAUUUAUUUCCAAAAAAAAACCAAUACAUUAUAUUUCGGAAGAGAUUCCAUUGGUCGACAUAGUCUCUUAAUAAAUAUUCACGUAGAAGAUGAAUCUCCGUUUCUCACAUUAUGUUCUAUAGCUCACAAAAAUAUUGAAAACAUCAUAGAACUUCCAGCCAUUGGAAUUUUUUCUAUGGAUCUCAAUGCUUCUACAUUCAAUUUAUCAUGCUCUCCAUGGCAUGAUACAGAUGAUCAUUUUUAUUCUGUAAUUAAAAAUUUAAACCUGCCUAUAAAUAUUAGAAUCAACCAAUCAAUAUUACCAAUAACGAUAGAAAAUUCUUCAUCACAACUGAUGAAUCAAGAAUCAUUAAACUUCAUAGAUAUUGUCAAUUCAAUGGACUACAAAGGUAAAGAAAUGUUGGAACAUUUGUUAAAAGAUGUAAGAGUUGAUAAAAAAGUCUCACAAUUAUGGAGAUUAUUAAAUUCAUCAGUACAUUAUCGUGUAAAUAAAAAACCAAGAUUUUGUCAAAGCUGUGUCAAAUUAGUGAUCAAUCCUAAUCCAAUUUCUAAUGAUGAAUGUAACUGUGAUCAUUCUAAAAUUGGUAUAUUAUUUUCUGGAGGCUUGGAUUCAACAAUUCUAGCUGCUAUUACUAGUACAAUAAUACCUGAGGAUGAAAGUAUUGAUUUAAUAAACGUAGCUUUUGAAUUAACAGCAAAUAAAAAUCGAUCAUCAUCAUCAGCAUUUGAUGUUCCUGAUAGAAAGACUGGAUAUCAAGCUCUAGAAGAACUAAAAGAAAUCUUUCCACAAAGGAAAUGGAAUUUUAUUGAAGUCAAUAUCACUAGAGAAGAAUUACAAGAAUAUUGUAGUAAACACAUUUGCCAUUUAAUUUAUCCUCUUAGAACAAUUUUAGAUGAAAGUUUAGGCUGUGCUUUGUGGUUUGCUAGCCGUGGAUCAGGUGUUUCAUCAUCAACCAAUCAACUUUAUCAGUCACCUUGCAGAGUUUUACUUUUGGGAAUGGGAGCAGAUGAACUUUUUGGCGGGUAUACUCGUCAUAGAACCAUUUUACGCCGUUCAGGAUGGGAUGCUUUGACCAAAGAACUCAAUCAAGAAUUAUUAAGAAUACCUGAGAGAAACUUGGGAAGAGAUGAUAGGAUUAUUUCUGAUCAUGGACGUCAAGCUCGAUUUCCAUUCCUUGAUGACAAUUUGGUUAAAUAUGUUCGAAGCUUAAAAUCAUGGGAACGAUGCUGUCCAAUUGAUAAAAUGCCUUCUGGUAUUGGUGAUAAACUACUCCUCCGAUUAUUAGCCUAUAAGAUAGGCUUAAAAGAAACAGCUACUUUCCCUAAAAGAGCUUUUCAAUUUGGAUCAAGAAUUGCUAACAGCAAAGAAAAUGCUAAAGACUUGUCUCAGUGGUUAAAAUAAACCAAUAAUACCUGACUAUUCUUUUUUUUUGUACAUUAUAUUUUAAUAAUUAUGUAAUAAGAAUCUGAUAUUACUAUUUUUUAGAUCAGUCUAUUGUUUAUUUAUAUGCUGAAAAUUAUUUGACUCAAGUUAACGUUGAUUAUUCAGCAAAAGGCACAAUUUUAUAAUCAUCUUACUUCGUUGUUUUUCGUCAAGAUAUGUUAUCAGAAUAUAUUAAAUACUCAAACAUCAAGAUUAUACCUCAUUACUUUCAUACUUGAAGAGUUUUAAG